AUUGACGUCACUUCCGCGCCGCCAUCAUCGACCUCCAUGGUUCGCGCAGAGGAAAUAAACAUGGAAAAUCAAGAGGAUGUAUUGGAUGCCCUGUGCUGCUACGAGAAGAAACCGACCCCCGACAUACCACCGGUUCUGGAUCAGUAUCUCAGACGAGUGGCGAAAACGGGGGAAACACUCUUCCCAUGGCAACAGCUAAAAAUCCUCUUCAUCCACAAGUUGGAUUCUGUCAUCACCCAGUUUAACCAGGAUUUCCCAGCUGAUCACCUACAAAACUGUCCUAAUGUGGAAAAUGUCAAGUUUGAAGAAAUGAAAAAGAGAGUGGUCUGCUCACUAGAAGAGUUUCAAGGGGCACCAUUUACUAUACAACGUCUGUGUGAACUAGUCACAGAACCAAAGAAGCAUUACAAGAGGACGGACAAGUUCCUACGCGGAAUAGAAAAGAAUGUGCUGGUUGUGAGUACAGUGGAUCCGUUUGGAAGGAAGAUUGUGUCGGAUUCCAGACCUAUGAUGAAUGGACUAGACAUGAAUGGUUACAACGGAGAGCGGCCAGAAAGCAAACCCCACUUUUCUACUUUCCCGUCUCCAUCAUCUCACCAGACCACAUGGCCAUCUGAGCGGGUCUAUAGUCCUGAGCUUAGCAAGGAGCUAUCCAAUCCACUCCACGAAACUGAAGUGUCCGCCUCUCCAAACUUCCCUCGAAGUGAUGGAGAAAAGGUCCAACCUGCCAUGGAAAGGGUGGAACAACAAACAGAGCCCCAAAUCAAAAGUCAGGAAAAUAUAACAUCCACCGAAAACGUGAUAAAUCCAGACGCAGGCACUGGGUCCUUGCUUCCUGAUACAACCCCCUCAACAGAAGGUGGCACUGAUGAGGAUGACACUAGGAUUUCAGGCAGUGAAUCGUCUGAUAAUUUGAACCAGGUCACACCACAACAGUCCAACCCAGAGCCUGAGGCCAAAGAGGUGCAGCAGAGCUCAGAGGCUGAACACAGUACUGUUGUUACACCAUUAGACACAACCCACAUGGACGAGGACAACAAACCAAUUGACAAACAAAGCCAAGAGGUGGAAGAUAAGGAAGACUUACCUGUGAGUGAGGACACACAAGACAGUGACCAGGUCUCAUCGUCAUCAUCACUGUCCUCGUCCUCAUCACCAGAGCCCAUCAAGGAACAGGAAGAGAGUGCUUCAAAAGAGUCGGAAUUAACAGGUGUAACUACAAGUGAUGCCAGUGGGUCAGAAGACUCACCUGUUGAGCCUUCAUCAUUCCCUGUAUCACAGGACACAGCCAGUACAGCCAGCACAGCGCCGUGUGCUUCUAGUGUGGAAUCAUCAACUUCUACAGACUCGCCAAACGAUACACCAUCUGUUGAGAUCCCUUUAGCCUCAUCAUCCACAGUACAAUCAGACUCCACAACAGAAGGAGAUAACAUGGAAACCGAUUCCACAGUUCCUAGUAGUGAUAGUGUGGCAGACUCCGACCAGUUGGAAAACAAUAAUGAGGAGAGUCGAACAAACAAUGAAAAUAACUCCAAUUGUGAGGAUGAAGUGAAAGUAGAAAGUGAAAGUAGUUCUGGUGCAAGUGAAUCUACAGCUACUCCCAUGGAGGAGGAUUAGCUGUUGAGUGAAUGUUGUGUAUAGUUAUUGGAAUCAUUAUGGCAUCUAAAUUCUUCGCUCAGGACUCCUAUGAAAAGGAUCAUCAUUUUAAAAAUAAUCCAUUCAAAGUCCAUUGAGAAACACAUUGUGGAUCAUUUAUUUUACAAAAACAAAAAGUUUUUAAAAUCCAUUUAAGCAUGUUGAUCUUAAACCACCAGUGUUACACAUAUUUAUAAAUAACAGUGCAGUUCUACCUUUAAUUUAUUGUGAUACACCCUUGUUUUCUGACAUGAUUCUACAUUUAUAGUACUAGUGGGAGUUGGGUUUUCCCUGAGGUUUCUGUCUUCUGUCAAGUUCACUUUGCCAUUAAAUACAAUGUUUUAGUUGUAGUACGGUGAUAUACAUCACAACCUUCACAGGCAGAUUCUGGAUGGCUGUGGUGAUAGGAUCAAGUUGACCUAAACAGAUUCUGUUCAUUGUAUGGUGAUUUUGCUGUGACCUUCACAAACAGAUUCUGGUUGUAAGAUGAUUAUUUAUAUUAUAAAAGUGACCUUCACAAACACAUUCUUGUUGCUAUGGUGAUAUCACUGUGACCAACUUCACAAACAGAUUCUGGUUGCUAUGGUGAUGUCACUGUGACCAACUUCACAAACAGAUUCUUGUUGCUAUGGUGAUGUCACUGUGACCAACUUCACAAACAGAUUCUGGUUGCCAUGUUGAUAUCACUGUGACCUUCACAAACAAAUCACUCUUGUUGCUGUUUGGUUAUAUCAUCAAGAUGACCUUCACAAACAGAUUCUGUUUGCUGUAUUGGGAUAUUGAGGUGACCUAUAAAAACAGAUCUGGUUGAUAUGGUGAUAUUAUCAAGGUGACUUUCAAAAACCGAUUCUGCUUGCUGUGGUAAUAUCAAAGUGUCUUCACAAAUAAGUUUAGUAAUAUACAUGAUACAGAAUGUCUUUGCCGCCUCCCCUAAAUGUUUCAUAAUAAUGAAUUCAAAAUGCUUUAAUUUUCUCAAUUUUCUGUAUAAUUUGCAAUCUUACAUCAGAAGCAUUUCAUAUUUAUCCAGCAAUCUCCAUUUAAAUAUAUCACUUAAUUAUCAAUUCAUCAAAGUUCAAUUAAACAUCGAGGAACACAUUUUAUCAGAUCUAGUACGGCAGCUAACUGUAACUACAUAUCCUGCAUCUCAUUUUUGUAUGAAAAAUUGCAUUGUUGACUUUAAACCUACUUCUUGUUUUUUUUUAGAUAUGAAAUAUUGAAGACCGAUAGUUUUGUUGGGAUUAUCAAUCUUUAAAAACAGCUUAAAAUUCUUGUAUACUGAAUAUGUACGGAAUUAAACAAGAGCUAGUCUGUGGAUAAUAGAAUCUGUACUAGAAAAUGUUGAUCAUUUGUUAUUUUUUUGUUGUUGAUCAGUUACUUGUACCUAAGUUAUAUUUUCAUUUGUAAAUACUAUUGUGAAAAAAAAGCUUGACUCGAUUGAAAUAACAUGAUCAUUAAUGCUUUAACACUGGUGGUUUCUGUGUGAGCUGCUGGCAUGGAGCUGUUUAUUAUAAAAGGUGGCUAUAGACCUCCUUUGUAUGGUAAGGUACUUUGUUUGUGUGAGAUGUGGUGUGUGAGAGAUCGUGGGCAGUGAUGACUGUGAUAGUGAGGGGGUAUACCUCCCUUUUACCAGUAUACAUAAGCUGAUAGUGUUCAGUAGUGAUGACAACCUGAAGGGAUGGUUUGUGUUGAUGUAUGUUCCUUGAUUCUGGAAAUUAGGAUCAUAUAUUUGUCUGAUGAAAUUAGGAUCAUAUAUUUGUCUGAUGAGAUGUGUUUUAAAAUUCUGAUAUAGAUUUUCUCUUCAAACUAAUACAUGUAUAAUGGUCCAAAUUUCAAAUAAAGACCAAUUUUUAAACAAUUUUCAUAGUACAUGUAUUCACAAGGUAAUUUUAUGUUUAUGAAAUAAUUUAGAAUUUGGUUGUGAUUAUUAUUGGAGUUGUAGAAAAUACAUUUAGCAACUAGUGAUUCCCACCAUCAUGUCAGUUUAAAAAUGUCUUUAUUUUUGAAUGAACGAAGAGUUGUCGCUGAGAGAGUGUAACUGAUGAGACUUUGUAAAGUAUAAAAGGGGUGUGUGGUAACACCAGUAUUGGAACUUCAUUGUCAUAGCGUAGAGUAUGAUUGUAAUGUGGAUGUGUGAGAUAGUACCGAUACAAAUCUCAUGUGAGAACAAAAUAAAAUGUGAAAAUAAAAAUA